ACUAGCAACAGUAUUAGCUGUAUAACAUGACUUUGUAUUUUCUUGUGUCUCCCUCUCUUUAAAUCUUACUGUUUGAAUGUAUACAAUACUGCGUGUAUCAGUUAUACAAGGUGACGCGUUUUUGAGUGUACUUCACUUAGGUUUUAUACAGGAUGUCCCUAAAAUCUGGGCACAGGUAAAAUUUCAUAUUUUCAAGAAAUUAAAUAUAUAACAGCUGCAAUAUGAUUUUGAGCAUUUUUGAUGCAACGGUUGAUUCCCUAUGCAGGAUGCACAUGACCUGCAAUAACUUGCAAUCAGUCUAUAUGUGUUUAACCAAGUGAUUGUCAUUGAGUACACCUUCAGCAUACUCAUAAGCACAAUACAGAUAGUGAAGUUGCAAAAGGAUAUUCCACUUCAAGCCAUGAGAGUAUAACUAUUUUUGAGUGGGAGGCAAAGGUGAAAAUAUUUACUCCAAUGGCAAUAACAGCCCCUCAUAAUCACACUAGUGCAAUUGCGGACAGUAUGUGUAUGUAAUUUCCUGUUCACCCAUACUCAACUGCAUGAUGAUUAAUCAAUUUUUACUGUGUUUUGUCACUUCUAGCGUACCGUAAAUGUAAUUCCAAGAUGGCUUCUAAAGUACGCAUGCGCAAUAUGUGCUGCUGGCAAAUUUACCUUUUUAGCUGAUUCGUUUAUAGAGGAACUUUAGUCCGCACGGUUUCUGGUCGAGCAAUUAUGACCUGAGCACAGUGGGCAGCCGACUUGAAUGUCAAGUGUAAGUGCUGUAUAUAACAUUAGAAUGCUCCCAAACAAGUUUGGCCGCAUCGUGUUAGGGCUGUACAGCAGCAGGUCAUCGUCCGUAUGCGGUGUUGUUCAGACUACCGUGAGCAGGAAUGGAUUCAGUUGGACUGCGGUGUGUAAAAAGCGGACACUGUGGCUCCAGAGGUGUGCUGGGGAGCAGACACAGCAGCACAACCAACAAUGUCAAAGCAGUACUCGAUCAGUCCAUCAAACUACAGUGGACCCUGAAGAGCUGAAACGGUUCCAGACACUGGCCAGCAAAUGGUGGGAUGAAAAUGGAGAAUUCAAGGCCCUUCAUGCCAUGAAUGACCUGAGAGUGCCUUUUAUAAGGGAUAAUCUGCUGAAUGUACACAAAGCGCAUCAUCCCGGGAAACCACUUGCAGGACGGCGUAUACUGGAUGUUGGCUGUGGGGGAGGCCUGCUCACUGAGCCCCUGGGUCGCCUGGGAGCCAGUGUGUUAGGUAUAGACCCUGUGGAAGACAGCAUCAGCAUGGCACAGCUGCAUUCGUCGUAUGACCCCGAUCUUGGCGAGCGGGUCAGGUAUCGGGCAUGCACCCUGGAGGAGCUAUCGGCAGAUGUGGCUGGAGACGAGGUGGGAUUGCAAGCCGGUCUGUUCGAUGCUAUUGUAGCGUCCGAGGUGGUGGAACAUCUGGCCGACCUGGAAACGUUCGCCCUCUGCUGCGGCCGUGUACUGAAGCCAGGCGGCUCCCUCUUCAUCACCACCAUUAAUAAAACCAACCUAUCCUACGCUCUGGCCAUCGUUGUAGCUGAGCAGCUGUUGUGCAUCGUUCCCAGUGGGACACAUGACUGGGAGAAGUUUAUCAGCCCUGUAGAACUGGAGCGCCAUCUAGAGUCCAAUGGUUUCUCAGUGCAGUCUGUCCAAGGGAUGUUCUACAAUCCAGCAUCAGGAGCCUGGAGCUGGGCUAACAGCACAGCUAUCAACUAUGCCCUGCACGCUGUCAAAGUGGCUGAGGACCCUAAAUCUGAGCCCCAAUCGGACAAUCAGGACAGCUCUGAAGCCACACACUAAACUUGAUGUGUGGACAUCGGUCAAGAAAAUAGAGUCUUUAGGUCGUACUCACACCAGGCCAUUCAUACUGUGCUGGACUCCUCUCCACUGACCUCCACUCACACUGCGCAUUCGUCCUAUUGUCCGUUUUUCUUGUUCCAUAACUUCCAUUGUUCUGUAUUACUGCAAUUUUCUUGACGUUUAGGCAACUGUCGAUUACUUGCAUGAGGAUCAAUCGCAUUAAAUAAGACACGUAUUUAUCACGCAGGACGACACAGUCUAGUCGUCGGUGAGUGAGUGUGCUGUGGGUUUGUCUUUUGGAUUAUUGCCAUUUUAUUAUCAUUCAUACGUAAUAUUUUAUUAAUAUUAUUAAUUGUGUUUGGUUAUUGUUAUGAACUUGUAAGUGCAGUCGUUCUGACUGGCUAGUACGCUGUUAUGAAAGAUGCGGUCAUUUGCUGAUUUGCAGAGUGACACAGCUGCAUCAUGGAAGUGUGUUAACCCGCACCCGUCAAACUUCUUAGAAUGAUGUGGCUUGCUGAAAAUGUUUCCAUUUAGUCUUUGGAGACAGCGGCCGAACAGUAAUUUAUUAUGAUGUGCACACAAGGAAUACAUGCACAAAUGUGGGUUGGCUCUCUGGACACUGCUGAAUAUAUAAUAUAGGUUGGGAAGCAAGAGAGGGGGCGGUCACAUCUUCAGGGAGAGGAAAGCAUUUCAUGUGUUACUGUUAUGUAAUAAGAAUAAAGGCAGUGGCGUGGAAUAAAUCAUGUUUUGUCUGAUGUCUAAAUAGUUAGGUUGCACGGCACGGGGGUUCAUGUAUGUUUUGCAGGUAUCCCACCUCGUGCAAAUGCAGCUAAUGAGUAAAUAAUUAAAAG